GGGUGGGGAAGCGAGCCAGGGCUGCUCAAUGACAAAUCGGCAGGGGACUGCUGGGGUCCGGCCCCGGGAGGAGGCGAAGGAGAGGACGGGGCAGGUUUAAGAGCAGCGGGACCAGUGCGGACGGCCGAGGCGGCGCGGGACGGGUCCCAGGUAUAUGAGGUUAUCGGGGUCGUGGUUGGUUCAGAAUUGCCAGUGGCAGAGAGAGCUGUGCCCAGACUGCUUGUUUGAGCAGUGUCCUUUCUCUGCUAGUUUACAGAUGAAUAUUGGAAACGUUGGAGCUUUGAUAUUGUUAUCAGCUCUUCAACUAGGUCUUCUGUUCGUGUGUUGCAACCGCAGAAAACCAGCAGGAUGGCCACAAACAAGAGUAAGAGCCAGAGCUCCUUGGCCCUUCACAAGGUGAUCAUGGUUGGCAGUGGAGGGGUUGGCAAGUCGGCCCUGACGCUUCAGUUCAUGUAUGAUGAGUUUGUAGAAGACUAUGAACCUACCAAAGCUGACAGUUACAGAAAGAAAGUGGUUCUUGAUGGAGAAGAAGUCCAGAUAGAUAUUCUGGACACGGCUGGACAAGAGGAUUAUGCAGCCAUUCGAGACAACUACUUCCGCAGCGGGGAAGGUUUCCUCCUCGUGUUCUCAAUCACAGAACACGAAUCAUUUACAGCAACUGCCGAAUUCAGGGAACAGAUCCUCCGUGUUAAGGCUGAAGAAGAUAAAAUUCCAUUGCUUGUCGUGGGAAACAAGUCCGACCUAGAGGAGCGGAGGCAGGUGCCCAUUGAAGAGGCUAGGAGUAAAGCAGAGGAGUGGGGUGUGCAGUAUGUGGAGACAUCGGCUAAAACUCGGGCCAACGUGGACAAGGUGUUCUUUGACCUAAUGAGAGAAAUCAGAGCCAAAAAGAUGUCUGAGAACAAAGACAAGAACGGCAAGAAAAGCAGCAAGAACAAGAAAAGUUUUAAAGAAAGAUGUUGCUUACUGUGAAAGCCAAGAUAGCGGAUGAAGUUAAUCGCCGCUAAGGACAUAGGGCGGGCUCAUUAAGAGAAGAGUAUAGUCGACUCCUUGGUGUGUUCCCUGCUCUCCCCAAUCUCAUUCACGCAUACUUCUUUAAGUGGGGAAAAUGUUUGUGAAUCAGUGACUGGCGGAAGAAAUAAGCCCUUGUCCAUGCAUUGGAACAGCUACUUUGUCAGGAAGUUUUGAAGUUUCCUUCUUCCUCCCCUUCUCCCUCCCAAAAGUUUAAUCACAUAUGUAGUGUAUAGGUAAGAAAUAAGUGUUAAUUAAAAAGAAAUGUACUGUCAUAGCAUCUUAUUUCUCUCCCUAGUUUUAUAACAUCACUAUCUUUCGUUUUGAAAUAAAAAUGUCUUAUUUUAUUAGGUUUUGGGGAGGGGGUAGGAUAAAACUCUCUCUCUUAUCAGCUUACCAGAAGUACUCAAAAAAAUCCAUUAAGCUCUAAUAAAAAUUCAGAGAUUUUUUGGGAUAAGUUUCUUGGCAAUACCUUGUGGAUCUGAAGCACAGCAAAAAAAAAAAUAAAAAUAAAUAUGAAUUGGGCUGAAUAGGUCAGUGACAAGCUCAUAAACCCUUCACAGAUAUGAAAAAUGAAAGUUGAAUUCUUCAUAUUUAAAUAUUAGCCAAUUAUAGCCUGUGUUGGCUACUUCUUUCCUGUAGCAUCCUGAUUUUUGUGUAGAAGCUUCUUUUAGCAGAUUAAGUGAAGACUCAAGAGUAGUAUACUUUAUAAAUGACACACUUCUCUAAUCAGAUUAAGAAUAUAACUUUGGAUACAUCCUCUCCUAAUUGCCAGACAUGGUUAGGUCCUUCCUCCUCUGCUGGUAACCAAUAUCUAUCCUUCUGGCCAACCUCUCUGCAUGUAGAAGUCAGGAGAGCCUCUUCUUUUAAUUCUUUUCAGUAUAAUGAGUUCUUCUGAACAAUGUGAUGAGUUGAAAUUGUAUUCUCAAAUCAUGAAGCCAGAGCUGUGCCAGACAGUCUGCUACCUCUCAUAGAAUUGCUCUGUAAUUCUAAAUUUAAAAUUAGGAGAAGCGGGAAAGGAUAAGAUAAGCCAUUGCCCUUUUACCUCUGAGAAUUGGCUGCUACUUCUAAUAUAAUUUUCUUCUGAGACAGUCAUAGAGCUGGUUAGAAAAAGGCUUUUAUUGAUGAGAUAUUGUUAAAGCUUUCUUUUAUAGAUAUUCUCAAUUUAGCAACCAGAAAAUUUUUCCUCAGGAAAGGAGUACUGUGAUUUAAACCCAGUGUUCACAUUUUCCCCCAUUUUUCAGAAGUGACAUUUCACAUAUAGGUGCCAAAAGUGAAUUGGGGUGGGGAGAGUGGGAACCUUUCAAAUUUAUAGUUACUACAGAAAUUGUGGAAAUUAUGAUCUGGCUGGAAAGCAAUCUUGUAUCACCUCCUAAAGAAUCAUGGUCUUUUUUAAUAAAAAAAAAAAAUCAGACAAAUACA